UGGAAGGAGCAGGGGGCUGACUGAAUGACAUUAGAAUUUCACUGCACAGCUGCUAGCCCCUCUUGUGUGCACUUUGAGCUGCCUGUUAUGCAACCAGGACACUCCCCUACCGAUCAUCCAUUAUUUGCAGGCUCUGUCUACCAGCGUGCACAUUUCCACCCAGCAAAGCCAAAGGAGCUACUCAUGGCGACCACAACAGUUCAGGCUGGCUAUGAAGGCGACUAUGUGCAAAGAUUUCAGUUCUUCCUCCAGCAUUCAGGGGAGCACACGGUCAUGCGAGAGUUCAUGGACAAAGUUCUCCCUGGUGAAUUUGCAAGAAUUGGAGAGGGAAAAUCAGAUCUGAACUUUCUUGGUGUUGGAAGUGGCCAAGGUGAAAUGGACUCUCAUAUGCUGAAUAUCCUGCAGUCUAAGUUUCCCACCACUCAAAUCGAUGCUCACAUUGUGGAGCCAAGCAUUGCACUCAUUGAAAACUUUAAAGCAUCAGUGGCUAAGUCCCCGAACCUUCAAAAGGUUCCUUUCGCCUGGAAUGCUGUGUCAUGUGCUGAAUAUGAGAAACAAGUUAAAGACACGAAAGACACAAAAAGAUUUGACUUCAUGAACAUGAUUCAGAUGCUGUACUACAUGGAUGAUUAUGCUGCCGCCAUCAAGUUUUUCCACAGCCUGUUGCGAGAAAAGGGAAGGCUCAUGAUAAUUCAUGAAGCAGCUGGCAGUAGUUGGGCUACUCUAUGGAGUACCUUCGCGAAGGAUCUCUGCACAAAGUCCGUCACUAAGUACAUUUCUGCCGCCGACGUCAAAGGCAAGCUGGACAAGCUGGGUCUGAAGUAUGAGGAGCACAGCAUUCCCAACACCAUGGACAUCACCGAGUGUUUCGUCGAGGGCAGCAAACUGGGAGCGAUGCUGCUGGACUUCAUGACGGACCAGGACAGCUUCCAGAAGGCCUACAGCCCUGAGAUGAGAGCCAAAAUCCUGGACCUGCUCCGCGACAAGUGCAGCACGGAGAAGAACGGGCGUAGGCUGUUUGACUGCAGCCUGACCUGUUUCCUCAUACAGGCCUAACACAACACCCCCUCUUUCCUGCUCUACCCCCCCCCCCCCCCAGUAGUACUAACUGAGGUUGAUAGAGACAUGCAUGUUAUUUGUCAUUUCAGCAGCACGCUACAGUGUCCUCAACAUUGCUUGUCAGAGGCUUUUAUCACUUACAGUGAUUUUGUAAUUCUACAGGCAUGAUCAUGAAAAUGCUUUCUGCCUUUUUAUGUGUCUUUUUCCUGGAAAUAGAUGUACUGGUGGACAAUGUCCAGUGCACAUAGUGGGCCCCAGCAUUUUCUAGACACACCAGAAGAUGGCGCUCCUGCCUGUUACAUUCUAAUUGAAGCAACUGGGGUCCACUUAUGGGGAAUCUGGCCAGAAGAACAAAGUGAACAUGAUACCUGAUGAAAUGCAAAAUAUAAUUCAUUUAUAUGAUGCUCAUCAUCAAAUUGGUAGCCUAAUUAGCUGAGUUGCAUGGUCAGUCAGCUCAAAUUAUGUGACUGCAGUGGAAAGUCAUUUUCAAUAUAAGCAAUAAAAUAUGGAUUUGUGCUGGA